UAUUAAGGCAAGUAAUAGACCUUGAUGUUUCCAGAGUUAAGUUUCCAAUACUGGAUGUUAUAAUUUCUGUAACAUUUCCUAAUCUACAAAAACUUAAUCUGUCGAGCUGCGGCGUUGAAACCAUUGCUGGCGAGGUGUUCACAAACCUGACUGAACUACGAAGUCUAGAUUUAAAGGGGUCUGCUGUGAACUAUUUCCCACCACAAACAUUUACCUUUCUAAGUACAUUAGAGUCCCUCUACACUGACAACUACAAAGUCUGUUGUCCUGUCUCACUUCCCGAACAGUUUAAUCUGCAAAAGUGUGAAGCGCCAUCUGACGAGGUCUCGUCCUGUGAUGCUCUCCUGCGCUCAGACACAUACCGUGUCUUCCUCUCGUUAUUCGCGGCUUUAGCUCUGAUGGGCAACACGGGAAGUUUUGUUUACCGCGUGUUUAUCAGUAAGAAAACAAGCAACCUUGGUUUUGAUGUCUUUGUCACUAAUUUAAGUAUAGCUGACUUUGUGAUGGGUGUGUACCUGGUGAUCAUAGGAAUAGCUGACCGUGUGUACCUGGGAAACUACUUGUGGAACGACUUAAUAUGGAGAAAUAGUUGUGUGUGUAAGCUGGCCGGCUUUCUCUGUCUACUGUCCAGUGAAGUGUCAGCUUUCAUUAUCCUUCUGGUCACACUAGACAGACUCCUUGUCAUCGCGUUUCCAUUUAGUAUCCUUCACUUUUGUAAACAAUCUGCGUGGAUUGCUUCAGGUAUAGUAUGGAGUGUCGGUGUUCUCAUUGCAGUGAUUCCUUUACUGCCAUCAACAUCUGAUUGGAAUUUCUACAGUCAAAACGGGAUCUGUAUUCCGAUUCCAAUCAUCAGGAACUACUUUUCGGGAAAGGAUUAUGCUUUUGGUGUCAUGAUUGUCCUUAACGGAUUUCUCUUCUUGCUUAUUACUGUUGGUCAGGUUUUCAUCUUCUGGUCUGUAAGAGUCAACAGUAUGACAGACACAUCCAAGAAGACCAAGGACCUGACCAUCGCCCGUCGACUGAUGACAGUGGUUGUGUCUGACUUUUGCUGCAAGUUCCCCGUGGCCUUGCUGGGACUUCUAGCGGCCCGCGGCACGCCAGUCUCUAGUGAGGUCAUCGUCGCUCUCGUCAUCUUCGUUGUUCCCCUCAACUCCGCUCUCAACCCCUUCCUGUACACAUACAACGUGAUGAAGGAGCGCAGGCGCAAGGCCCGAGAAGAGAAAAUGAGAAAGUAUUUUAUGUCACUUACCAAAUAGAAGAACACUGAAACAGACUAGUAGUUGUGUGCAGAAAAAAAUGACUUUGGUUGAGAAGUUUUUUUUUUUAAUUUUUAUAAAUAAAAGUAUUAUUUACAGAAACAUUAAACUUGUGACAAGAUUCAUGUUAAGCUUAACAUCCGGAAUUUGAUUAGUUGCUAUAAGUUUCCCUAAUCUUGGUCUUUAUUAUAAGUUAC